AUGGUUAAAUUAGGUGCUCGUUGGAGAGUGGGAUCAGCAUCUACGAUUGAUGUUCUGGAGCAAUCGUGGCUUCCUGAUAUGGAGAAUCCUUAUAUUUCCAAGGUUGUAAAUUCUCAUGAGGAACUCAGUUCUUGGUAUUGGUCUAAGGAGCUUUUUGGUGGUUAUUCGGUCAAAAGUGCUUAUAAGUUGCUCCAAGUUUUGAAUGGUAGAUGGAGCAUGGGGGAUAAUUCUGGCUUUUGGAGAAAGGUGUGGAACCUAAAGAUCCCUCAAAAAGUCAAGAAUUUCUUAUGGACAUCUUUGUCUAAUUGUUUGCCUACUCUUGCUAUGUUACAAAGAAAUAAUGAAGUUAUGGGUGUCCUAUUCUGGUUUGAAGCUUUGUGUAACAGCAGCACUGUGGACAUUAUUAGGGUGGUGGCAAAGAUCUGUUGGGCUGUGUGGCGUGCCCUUAAUGAUUUAGUUUGGAAUAAUAAAAGUUUGGUUGUUGAGGUGGUGGUACAUUGUACACUUACAUACCUUGAACAAUGGGAUAGAGCUCAAGAUAAAGGCAGUGAGGGCCCCUCGGUUUCAGGUGUUUUACUUGGAUAUGUUGAGCAUUGGACUAAACCAGGUAUUAAUAUUGUCAAGGUUAACUAUGAUGCAACUAUUUUUGCUUCUGAAAACAAGUUUGGCUUCAGGUGGAUUGCUAGAGAUCAUGGGGGAAAUUAG